AUGAGCACUCAACUAGACGGAAAGGUUGCCAUAGUAACAGGCUCGAGCUCCGGGAUAGGGGAAGCCAUCGCCAUCACUUUUGCCUCAAGAGGAGCCAAAGUCACACUCUGCGGCCGUAACCCCGACAGACUGCAGUCGGUUCUUCGCAAGGCAGUGGAGGUCAGUGGUGGACACAUGGACAGGUUUAUAACCGUCCUGGGCGAUGUCGGGGACGAGGUCAUCAGGAAAAGAAUUGUGGAAGAGACGGUCACAGCUUUCGGACAACUGGACAUUCUUGUACCCAAUGCCGGCGUCUCUGUUCCACACGCAACAAUACGUGAUGCCACGCCGGAGCUCUAUGACAGGGUCAUGGACAUUAAUGUCAAGGCCGUAUUCUUCCUCGUUCUGGUCGCCCUGCCCAGCCUCGAGAAAAGCAAAGGCAACAUCGUUUUCGUAUCUUCCAUGCUCAGCGCCCUGACAGGGGUGCCGUUAAUCGUCUACCCCAUGUCCAAAGCUGCCAUUGACCACCUGGCUCGUUGUCUAGCCGUGGAGCUUGGUCCUAAAGGAAUCAGGGUCAACACUGUGAACCCUUCUCACAUACCAACAAGAAUACGAAGAGCCUUCGACCCCAACGUCGAGGCCAUCGCCUUGGCAUUAGCCCAACAGGAGUUGGCCGUGCAGCCAUUAAAAGACCGGACAGGAACAGCCCAAGACGUCGCUGAGGCAGCAGCUUUUCUAGCCUCAGAUGCGGCGGGGUUCAUCACUGGACAGCACUUGAAAGUGGACGGGGGCAGGUCCUUCUGCGGGACGUUCGGAACUUCUCAAAAAACAAUAUAA